AUUGCUUGCUGGAUGGAAAUACUCUGUUUUGAUUCAUGUAUUUCUAUCCAUCUUCAGCACCAAUCAGAACGGAGUAUUUCCAUUCAGCAAGCUAUCCAGCACGAAAACAAGCAUCGUGUGCCACUAGCUUUACAGCGCAUAAACGCCCAAAGCGAACGCAGCCUUUGUCAAGAUAACGAAUGACGCGGUUUUCGUUAUCAUGCUAUGAUAUAAUAUAUAUUGGUGUCGUUACUGUAUGAUAUAUACUGUAAUUACGUUUUCAUGUUUUAUUGAGUGACAGCUGUAAAUGAUGGAUAAAGUAGGCGGAUCUCUCUCUCUUCGUAAGGGAUGCAUACAGAUUUGCAAUAAUUAUGAGUGACGUUAAUUUUGAAUCAAAACAGUGGAACUGGCUCGUAUGAUCGAAGAAUUUUAUAAAUAAUCUCACAAAUAUGUGUCCAGCACUCUUGGAGAACGAGGAACGAUGCUUGGGGGGUAUGACUUUCUUUGCACAGAGUCACCCAGUGGAAGUUUGUGGUAGCAAUGGUCUACCACUUACUCCAAAUUCAAUAACAAUUUACGGGAAAUCUCAAGUUUUGAAGACUAUUUACCAUCCACAUCUUUCUCCUUACCUCGAUAUAAUUAGAAGUAAACAUGAGAGGAUAGUGGUUGUUGCUGAGUACAGUGGAAAUCCAUUAAACAUUAACCGAGAUCUUACCACAGAGGAGAUUGUCAAGAUAUCCUUUCAAUGUCUCUUAGGAUUACAACAUAUGAAUGAACUUGACCUGGUGCACAGACAUUUGAGUCCAGAUAAUAUUUUGAUUCAGAAAAAUGGUGAUAUACAGCUGUACAAUUAUGGAUUGUACUAUAUGACAGAUGAAGGAAAAAAUGUGUCUUUUCCAAUUGGUUCUCCAAAGUAUACGGCACCAGAAGUAUUUUUGAACCCUAGUUCAAGUGGUGUUAAAGUAGAUUCCUGGUCUCUAGGAAUAAUUAUAGCAGAGCAGUUGUUGGGACAACCUAUUUGGCCUGGUGCAAAGUUGUCCCAAUGCUUGAGAAAGGUUCUGAGCUUAAUGCUGUGUGAUAACAGUAUAUUUGAACGUCUUGCCAGAGAAAACAAUUGUUUUCAAGCUUAUGAAAAGCUGUCAAAGGAGCUGAAAGAAUUUGUCGAUUCCUGUCUACAAAUUCAUCCUACCAAGCGUAAAACUCCAGAGGAAUUGUUAGAACUACCGAUAUUCAGGGAGCACUUAAUGAGAAAUGCUCAAGAGAAAGAAGAGAAUCUUUAUAAAAAUGUAAUAGUUAGGAAAAUGGACGAACUAUAUUAUCUGUGGCAGCUGGCUGGUGGAGAUAUUACUGUAGAUCUAAAGAAACAGGGUCUCAUCAGAUCAAGACCACCUAUUUUAUCUAUUCCCAACUUGGUCAUACUGCUGGGCCAAAUGUUUGGCCAAAGGGAUACCGCUAGUCUGCUCGACGUGAGAGUCGUGAAAGUUCCCAUGGAGACUCUUCGCCAACGUCUAGCUCACAUCCCAUAUAUAGCAAAUUAUCCUUGGUUGACAAACCAAAUGCGAGUUCAGGCGCAGGAAGAUCUGACAAACGCUGCGUCUCAGUUGCCGUUAAUUAUACGAGAGCGCGACACAGAGUAUCAAUUUUAUCGGCUGGUCCUGUACGACAGACUCUUACAAGUGUAUCCGCUCACCCAAGACGCAAUUAUCGAGGAGGCGCACAAGGACAUACCGCCGCCAGUGCGGGGAGCCGUGUGGGCGGCUUUGCUCGGUAUCACCGGUGACAUACAGAAGCGUUAUGACAUGAUUGACAAGGAAACGCCCACACACACCGAUCGACAGAUAGAGGUGGAUAUACCAAGGUGUCAUCAAUACAGCGAGCUACUGUCGUCCGGUGCCGGGCAUGAACGACUGCAACGAUUGCUCAAGGCGUGGGUCAGGAACAAUCCGCACUACGUUUAUUGGCAGGGACUUGAUUCGCUGACGGCGCCCUUCCUUUAUUUGAAUUUCAACAACGAAGCUCGUGCAUUCGGAUGUCUGUCUGCUUUCAUACCGAAAUAUCUGCACAAGUUCUUCUUGAAAGAUAACUCGGCGGUGAUACAAGAGUACCUGGGAAAAUUCUCUCAGAUCAUAGCAUUCCAUGAUCCUCAACUGGCUAAUCACCUGAAGUCCAUUAACUUUGUGCCAGAACUGUUUGCCAUACCGUGGUUUUUGACAAUGUUUUCACAUGUAUUUCCGCUGCAUAAAAUAUUGCAUCUGUGGGAUAAAUUACUAUUGGGAGACUCGUCGUUUCCUCUCUUGGUUGGGCUGGCGAUAUUGAAGCAACUACGAGACUCUUUGUUGAUGUCGGGUUUCAAUGAAUGCAUCCUUCUGUUCUCCGAUCUACCCGAGAUCGACAUAGAGUUAUGCGUUAAGGACUCUAUGACGAUGUAUCAGAACACCCCGGCUAGUAUUACGUAUAGGAAGCACCAGUAUAACACGAAGGAUGCAAAUUGGAUUGAACCCGAGACGGGAACCGAGAAAAUGCCACGGAUAAGUGUAGACGAUUUUCUAAAUCUACACAACAACUCACCGAGCAAAGUAAUAGUGGUCGACGUACGUAGUAAUAUACAGUUCGAAAGAGGUGCUAUUCUUGGCAGUAUUAAUAUCCCGUUCACGAGUGUGCAGCUCUCUCAGACUCAUGUAGACACACUCGGACCACACGCGAAGCCGCUGACGGACAACAAAAACAGUGUCGUCGUAAUUAUCGGGCCACAUGAUCAAAACAAUGCAUUGUUUGCAGAUUUCCUAGUAAAAUGCAGUGUCGUAGGAGUCUGCUCUUUGCAAGGCGGCAUUAAUGCGUUACGUUCCAAGGCGCCAAAUAUAAUAGUACCUGCACGUUAAUUAAGAGAAUUGUGUCUAAAAUAAGGACAUUAUUGUACAUAAUACUCAGAAUUACUUCACCGUCGAUAAAGUACAAUUGAUAUUACAUGUGACCUGUAAAACUUAUAUAACAGGCUGUACAAUUUUGUGAUAAAAGGAUUCAUCGAA